GGAACUGCGCUGUGAUGAAAAGGCCCGGGGAACUGAUCAAAUGCUGGCCCACACUCUUUGGCCCUUCAACAACAGUCAGGAAAUGAAAUUAGGAUCUAUUUUAGCAGACAGGAGGGUCCGAAAAUGUUCGAUCGAAAUAGUUGAGGCUGGGAACGAGACCAUUCAACGUGCGGCGAAAGUAAGGCAUGGACGGAAUCAACGAAUGAUCAGGGGAAACGCGCUGCUCGUCAUUUCCCCCCUCUUGGUUAUAGUCGCAAUCAUCUUUGUCGUCACCCCAUUUAUCCUUAUUCUCGCCGUAGUCAACAUACACUCCACGAACCACACCCAUGCUCUCCCUAGUAAACCACGCACCUUGUUACAUGGCACCACAGGAUUCGCCAUCUGUCUGCCAAUUCUUGUUGUCGACCAGAGCUUGCGUCUACGCCUCGGUAACAAAGGCCUGUCCUCAUUCGUCUAGUUAUUUUUUCAACGAUUCUGGA